AUGGACUUUACCCCCAUUAUCGACCAUCAGGUCGUAAAUGCGUCUCUUUCGGACAAAAUGUUCUCCAUCAUGGCUCCAGCGGCCUUGUUUGGAUCUCUGCUCCUCUCCUUCUUAGCCACUGCAAACACAUCUACUCCGCAUGUCACCCUCCAUGGCUAUGGGAUAUUCUCUGGCACGAAUAUCACAACUACUUUCAAGGGCGAUGGCCUUCCCAUUGGUGUCGAUGCUUGGCUUGGUAUGGACUAUGCCGAACAGCCCGUGGACAACCGGCGCUUCCGUCCACUACAAUCACAGCCUGCAUCAUUCAGCGGAGUUCGCAACGCUACCAAGUACAGCUCUAUCUGCCUACAGGAUCUCAAAUAUCCAUAUCCUGACGAGCAAGACGAGGCAUGCCUAAACUUCAAUGUCUAUCGCACGCCUGGUAUUCCUUUGAGUAGGAAACUACCGACACUUGUCUGGAUCCACGGCGGAGGCUUUGCGUCCUUCUCGGCGCGAGACUUUGACGGCGCUUCCUUCGUCGCUUCUUCCGCCAGUCCAGUUGUUGUUGUCACUUUCAACUAUCGUCUUAAUGCGUUUGGCUUCCUACCCAGUAAGCUAUUCAAGGGUCAAGGUCUCCUCAAUCUCGGUCUUCAAGACCAACAUUUCUUCUUGAAGUUCUUGCAGCAGCAUUUGAGCUCAUUUGGUGGAGAUCCUCGACAGAUUACGCUUGGAGGUCUUUCGGCAGGAGCACAUUCCACAGGCUUCCAUUAUUUCCACAACUAUGGAGUCGAUAAAAACAAGCCUCUCUUUGCUAGGGCGUUUCUUCAAUCCGGUUCAGCUAUCGCUCGUUCAUUUCCAGGUGUGGACUAUCCCCGCUACAAGGAGGAUUUUGCUGGUCUCAUGGACCACACCGGCUGUUCGCCUGAUGGCGAUGAUAAUGCGCAGAUGGAUUGCCUGCGUGGUGCAUCAGCUGAGAAGAUCAGAGAGUACGCAGGCAAGGCAUACGAGAAUGCCAAAGACCAAUUGAACUGGCCAUGGCAGCCAUCCAUCGGCGGUCCUUUGCUAGAGAAAGCAGGAUCUCAGAGUGGAAGCGAUAGUACUUUUCACCAUCUUCCUAUACUCACAACUUAUACUUCCGACGAGGGAAAAUACUAUACCCCUGGUAACUUGGAGACGAACGAUGAUUUUAUCCAGUUCAUGCAUCGAAUCAGUCCCGCUCUCAACAUCACCGACCUUGCCCUUAUCAAUGAACUUUAUCCAGACCCGUCCACAAAUCCCGACUCACCUUGGGCUGGCUCUCCCAAUAGCACGCAGUACAACCGCAUCUCAGCUGCAUGGUCUGACAUGUCUUACAUAUGCCCCAGUCGGCAAACGGCAAUUACAACAUCACGCGCAGGGGUGCCUACGUGGAGACUGCACUUCAACACACCUGACUUUCCACUGGAAGCGCAGUCGUGGAGAGGUAUCCCUCAUGCUUCAGACUCGGCAUAUGUGUGGAAUGAUCCGCAGGUUGCCUAUCCAGAAACGGCGAGGAUCUACUAUGGGUAUAUCAAUAGUUUUGUAGUCACUGGUAACCCUAACACGUUGAGGCUGGAUGGCACGGUGGAGUGGUCAGAGUACAAGGAUUCUGAUGGAUAUGCGAAACAAUUGUUGAUGAAUCCGGGGAACUUUACUGUCGUGGAAAAGGACAGCAGCAGAUCCCGUCAGUGUAGUUUUUGGAAUGAUAUCGAAAGGGCUGGCAGACUUUAUAAAUAA